GUAGGCGGGGCGCCAUGUUACCCCGCAACCACCAUGUCCGAGCACACUAACUCCGAGACAAACGGGACCCAGCAGUCCAUUGAGGAGGUCUGGUACCUCAAAGAGAUACACUUCAAGCCUGACCCCGACGCGCCCCCAAGAAGAUUCAAGAUAGUUACACAGAACUUCAACGGGCCUUGUUCCUUUAUUGCAAUAUGUAAUAUUCUAAUACUACGCGGCUGCAUUACCAUCCUGCCCUCAGACCGGGCAAGCGUGUCCUACGAGCAACUCGCACAACUGGUCGGUGAAUACCUAUUGACAUCUUGUCCUGACGUCGACAUCUCGGCAGCACUGUCGGUCAUGCCUGUGACCCGUAAGGGCAUGGACCUGAACCCAUUGUUCACCGAGGUCUCCGCUUUUCGUCCUGCAGGAUCCGGUGGAGAGCUGAAGCUUUUUGAGUACGCUGGCAUUGAGCUGGUCCAUGGGUGGCUUGCGGACCCUAGUACGCCGGAGCACCACGUUCUUGAGCAACUACAAGACUACGACACCUGUGUGAACCUGAUAGCGGAAGCCGAUCAUAUCUCUCGUGGACAGUUUCUGCAAAAUGGUCAAGAACCGUUGACGUCGGGCGCAAUACCUAGUCACCAACGGAAUUCGUCCCUAUCUCCCGACGAACAGCAGAAGCUGGAAGAGGCACUAAUUGUCCGCUCCUUCCUCGAGAAUACGUCGUCACAGCUGACCUACCACGGUCUAUUCGCCCUUGCAGCCAAGAUGCGGCCCGGAUCCUUGGUGGCCCUCUUUCGGAACUCUCACCUCUCUGUGCUAUACAAGUCUCCGAAUCCCGACGACAGUGCUUUAUAUACCCUCGCUACCGAUCAAGUCUUCCUUCAAGAACCAUCUGUGGUCUGGGAGAGGCUGGAGGAUGUCGAUGGCGGCUGGUCAUCCUUUGUCGACUCCGAUUUUGUCCAUUCUACACCGGCUGGUGGUGAUUAUGCUGGCCACACGGGAGAGAGUGCGCUGGCCGCCCUGGAGGGUGAUCUGGGGGCCAUGACACUGGAAGAGCGGGCGGACCACGAGUUAGCUCGACAGCUACAGAGGCAGGAAGACGAGGAGGCGCAUCAGAUGGAGACUCAGAGGCAGCGGCAGCUCGCUGGACGCGAGCAACAGGAUCGGCUUGAGACCAUGAAGCGAGAAGCACAGGAGGCUCUGAAGAAGCAGCGCAAAUCGAAGAAAGGAGACUGUAUCUUGAUGUGAUCUUGAUGUGCCCGUCUAUGCCUUUGAUUGACUUGCUGUUCCCGCUGUUCAGGCCUUCAGGUGGAGACUGGUCGCGGGAAUAUCGCGGCGCGGCGGGCGCAUCACUGAUCACAGACUUCGCUUGGACGAGUGCGCAUCAGGCGAAAUGCGAUGGUUGUUCGACUGUAGAUGGUUGCCGCAGCGUUUUGCCAUGUGCUCUGGUUUACUCCUCAGAACACGUAAUUUUGGAUCUGAGUGGACAUGAGC